AUCAGUGCUAUUUAUAACUUCAUGCUAGCGAAAGCGGACAGACUAACAGCUGGCCAUCGCUCUGACAGCCCUCCGUUUGGCCAGAGCCCCCCAGUCCUGCUCAGAGAGAAACCCAGCACAGAUCCAGACUGAGCUCUCGACACAACCUGACACGGCGCAGACAGCAUGUCUCGGCACACUCUGAUGUCAACACAGGAGAGGAAAAAGCAGGCGGCUGCUAUUUGUAGAGAGAUCCAUGCCACUGAUGAACCAGAGAUGGAUCUAGGGAGGAAAAUUAGCGCACCGAAGGAGAUCAUGUUGGAUGAACUUUCCUUAGCAUCAAACAGGGGCUCCCGUCUGUUCAAGAUGCGGCAGAUGCGCUCAGAGAAAUACACCUUUGAAAGUAUUCAGAAUGAAGUCAACACACAGCACAAUAUUGAUGCCAUUUCUCAGGGCGCAAGUGCUAAAAUGACAAACAUUUUAAAUAAUGAACACUGUCUUGGGGAUGACCAGGUACCAAAUACACUUAACCCUGAGACUAUUGCCCCAGGUUACGCUGGUCCCUUGAAGGAUGUUCCAGCAGAGAAGUUCAACUUUACAGCAAUGCCCAGAUCCUACCAGUCGCCCUGGGAACAGGCCCUCAUCAGUGACCCCUCUCUGGCCGAAACGCUGGUCGCCCGCAUGCCUGAGCCCCAAACCAGACAAGAGAUUCCCCAAUACAAGAGCUUCAACAGGGUGGCUAUUCCAUUCGGUGGUUUUGGCAAGGCACCCAAAGUCCCUGUUAAACCUGUGGAUGUGAACCCCAGCCUCCCCAGUCCUGUGAUCGCAGCACCCGCGGGGGUUAAACGGCCCACCUUCAACAGAACGGCCUCGGGCUGGGUGACUGACAGCGCCCCCUUGAUGCUUCCCAGCAUCCCCCUUGAGCCCAUAUCAUCAAUGUCUUCCACAUUUAUCCCCGAGUCAGAUGAACUCUGAGUGUUAUCCUUAUCAUUGUGAGCUUGAUUGUCACUGGAAUAUACAUUACUGGUUAAAUGUUUGGACUAAUUAAAAUGUCUUAUUGUUUUUGAAAGAAGCAAGGCUGCAUUUAUUUGAUUAAAAAUAGAGUAAUAUUUAGAAAUUUGCAUUUUUUUGUCAAAUUUAAAUUAUUUCUGUAUCCAGAACAGAAUUUUCAGCAUUAUUACUCCAGUCUUCAGUGUCACAUGAUCUUUCAGAAAUCAUUAUAAUAUGCUGAUUUGCUGUUCGGGAAAUAUUUUUGAUUAUUAUCAGUGUUGAAAACAGUCGUGCUGCUUAAUAUUUUGUGGAAGCUAUUAUACAGUUCAAAUGUAAGAGAAAGAAAGAAAGAAAGAAAGAAAGAAAGAAAGAAAGAAAGUCAGACUUCUCUUCAGCAAAGAUGCAUUAAAUACUGUUUAAAUUCUAUCUAUCUUAAAAAAAAAUUAUCAUGGUUUCUACAAAAAUAUGAAGAAGGACAACUGUUCUUUGAAAAUUCAGUUUUUCAUCAAAGGAAUAAAUUACAUUUAUAGUAUAUUCAAAUAAAAAACUAUUAUUUUAAAUUCUAAAAAUACUUCACAGUAUCACUGUUUUUACUUUAUUUUUGAUCAAAUACAUACGGCCUUGGAAAUUACAUUAAAAACCUUUAAAAAUCUAGAUUAAAUACACAAUCAGAAAAAAAGAGGUACAAAAGCCGUCACUAGAGUGUUAUCUUUUCAAAAGAUUCACCUGUGUACCUUAUUUUACCCUAAAUGUGUGUAUUAGUACCUCAAGGAUACAUAUUAGUACCGUUUCAAAAGAUAUUGGCCCAGUUUUUUUACCUUUAUUUCUGAGAGAAUACAUAGUAAAUGUAGCAUAUUGAAAACGUAAGACUCUCAAGUAAGGCUAUUAAAUGGUAUAGUGAUUGAUUUUUGCUCUUUGGAUUAUUGGAAGUGUCUCCUAAUGUUGAUCUAAUACCAUAUCUCUAAGCUAAAUGUAACCCAAAGACUAGAAGAGCUUGCCAUUAAGCCCACCCAAACCUGUAAAUAUGUAUUUAUAAAGGGCUGACAUCAAUAUUUAAUUAAAUUAUUGAAUAAACAUAAAGCUAAAUGAACUUAUGUUUCAAAGCUUUAAAUGUAGUAUUUGGCAUAAAACAACAUAUUUUCAAAAUGCACUAUAGAGGUCAAUUAAAAUCCAGCAGUGCGUGCCUACUGUAUGCUUGUGUCCGUUCUCUCACUAUCAAGGUCAGAGUCUCCAGGGCGACAAAUUGAAUCUGUUUUCCUGAUGCAGCUGAGAUGAGCGAUGAGUCCCUUAGCUUUCGUAAAGCUGCUGUCUCUUGCUUUCUAUCAGACAGGCGCUGAUGGGCACCGCUCACGUCCGUCACUGCUCAACUUCAGCCUGUUUAGCCUCAGCUGCGUCUGUACCUAACAUUAAACAGAUGCAAUGGAAUAAAAAGGAAAAUGUGUUGAAAUUUUUUUUUUUCAUUGCCUACAAUGCUCUCUGGGAUACGUGACUCUGGUUGAUUGACCUUUGUCCUUAAAACCUAUUUCUUAGUUUUAUGUUUCUCUCUAUCAUCUCACAUAAUAAAACAAUUUAAAUACACAUCAA